CAUAAAAUGCCUUUAAUAAUUAUGGUAGGAUGUCCUUCAAGUGGCAAAUCAUCUCGUUCUCAGGAACUCAAAGAGUUCUUUGAAACAUCCAAAGGAAAAGUAGUACACAUCGUUAGUGAAAAUGAAAUAAUUAAAAAUUCUGAAAUAUCAAAAAACGAAGUUUAUGAAAACUCUUCAAAGGAAAAAAUGAUUCGAGCUGACUUAAAAUCGAAUAGUUUAAGGAAAUUAAAUAAAAACGAUCUAGUAAUAAUUGACGGAGGAAACUAUAUUAAAGGAUACCGGUAUGAAAUUUAUUGUGCAAGUAAAUCAGCCAGAUCCACUCAGUGCACAAUUCAUUGUGCUGUGACAAGAGAGAAGUCAUGGGAGUUCAAUGAAAAUCGUAAAGAUAAAAACGAAGUAUAUGUUCGCGACAUUUUUGACGCUCUUUGGAUGAGAUUUGAGGAGCCAAUAUCAACAAAUCGAUGGGAUUCGCCAUUAUUUGCAGUGACACCUGAUGAUCAACUGCCUUUUGAAGAUAUUUAUAAUGCAAUUUACGAGAAAAAACCUCCAAGUGCUAACCAAUCGACUCAAAAUCCUCCAACACAAUCAACAAAUUAUUUAUUCGAACUCGACAGAAUAACGCAAGACAUUGUCACUGAAAUCACAGCUGCCAGAAAACUCGGCAGCAUUGGAUCAGUUAAAGUAAAAGACUCAACUGAAACUGUAAGCAUUUCUUCAGAUAUCAACGCAAGUCAACUCAAUCGCAUGCGACGACAAUACCUCAACUACAGCAAACAACAUUUAGACACUGCAGGCGAUCUCGUUAAGGCACCGACAUUAUUUGUACAAUAUUUAAAUACAGUGUUGAGUGAUUUAUAA